ACCUGCUUUUCGACUCCAGUGUCAGUCCUUACAGGUCGGGUGAUUGUGGAAGCCAGGUCAUCUGAUGCAACUCUCCAUCACUCUCCUUCUUGGUAAAAUAGCACUUACACAACCUGGAUUUGUGUUGGGUCUUUGUCUUUUCGAUAAAUGUUUUGAAAUUGUGGAAAUUACUUUAAGUACUUUUUCUAAAUAUUUAAUUUAGGUAAUAUUUUGCAACAUCAUACUUUUUUAAUUGAACUUUUUAUAUAGAUUAUUCAUAUCUGAUGUACAUAUAUGGAAAUAAAUACUUUUGCUUAAUAAAUAAUCUUCCUCAGUUUCUUUUAAAGUUGGAAGUAGAAGUGCCUCUUUCAGGGAGGAAUCAGCAUGACCUCUAUUCAAAGCAGAAAAACACAUCCAGGUUUCUCAUUUUGCACUAUUCCAGUUUACAACCUAUUGCUUCAACCUCAGUUGUAGCCAAACUAUUAAUUUCAAGACAGUGAAACGACUUCCAUUGCAUCGUUGAUUAUCUUUUCAGAAAUAACUGAUUUUGAAACAUGUAGAUAAGAAAAUAGGAAUGAUACUUUGCACUGUUUUAGCAAGCUGUGGUAAAGUGGCUAACUGAUGUGAAAAUGAAACGAUCUGAUGCGCAUCAACAGAGCAAGGCAAACCACAGAAGUUAAACUAGGCCCAGAGUGUAAAAUGCAUUGGGUACUUUAGCAGGUUAGAAUUCUAUAUUUUAUAUAAAGUGUUUAAUGACUGUGCUUUGCAGAGCAGCUAAAAAAGAAACGGUUGAAUAUGAACAGCGUCCCACAGCCACACCUAUUAGUGUUUCUACAGCUCAGUAGCUCUGCCUGGCCUGUGAUCAGCCUGCCCUUCAUGGAGAGAAGAAGUGUUAUUGUGUUGUUGACUGUACGUUUGUUUAUCCCAUGUGUCACUCCGUGUUGUUUUUGUCACACUGCUUUGCUUUAUCUUGGCCAGGUCGCAGUUGUAAAUGAGAACUUGUUCUCAACUGGCCUACCUGGUUAAGUAAUGGUGAAAUAAUGUAUACAUUUUUAAAAGUGAAAACGUGAGUUGAACAUGGAGUUCACAAACAUGUCCUCACCCCAUACUCUGAGAGUUUUAACAUCUACUGGUGGGCUUCCAAUGUGGAUGAUGCUUCUUCAUCUCUACAUAAGCUACGUUGUUGCAGAAGACAUCAGAGUAGUUGGACGAGUAGGAAACUCCAUAUUCCUUCACCCUAAAAGGCACUUACACUCUGAGUUCUCUGACAUAAGAUGGAAACAUGAUAAUACAGAUAUGUUAAUAGCUAGAAAUGGUACGCUUGUUAAUUUAAUGGAUAGGUGUGAGAUCUUUCUAAAUGGUUCACUGAAGUUUAAUGAAGGACUGAAAAGAGACAGUGGAAAUUAUACUGUUCAACAAUACAGUGAAAAUGGAGGCCGUUUAUCCGAGCGGCACAUUGAGCUCAGUAUUCUAGAACCUGUUUCCAAACCAAAGGUGAGAACCUCCUGUACUUUUGAUGGGAGAGUUGUUCUGACCUGCUCUGUUGACAAAGGAGACAGAGUUGUGAUGAUCUGGACCGAGCAGCCAUAUGACUGGACAGGGUCCAAUCAGACCUUGAGCUCAGGUCCUGUUCUAUUCCUGGACAGCCAUACGCCUGGAAACCUGACCUGUGUGGCAAUGAACAAUAUAAGUGAGGAAGGCUUCAGCCCAGUUGUCCCAACAUGCAGAGGUCACAGGUCAGCUGUGGCUGCAUUUGGUCUCUUUGCAUUUGCACUGACGACACUGGUCGUCGCCAUUCUACAUUUGAAGAAGAGGCGUCAGAAAAAGAAAAAAGGUCAAAGUCAGACUGAAUAUGUGGAAGAGAACAACUACAUUGAGAUGCGUGGGGAUUUAUGCAACAAAUGGCCACAGGAGGAGACCACAAUCCACCUGGACCAAGACACCUCCCGUUACGAAUUCUGCAGACCUCUUGCACCUGCUUCCAGCCAGAGAAAGAGACGACUAUCACUGGAAUUGAAUGAUAUCUAUGUAUGAAGAACAAUGUGUUAAUGGCAUUACAUUUCAAUAGCAUCGAUUUGUUUUCCAAUGUGAUUAUAACUGAUAAUUUUUUACAAUUCAUUAUGGUAUAUUUCUGCGAUAGAUGUAUUUUUGUUGCAUAGUCGUAGAGCCUAGAGAAGCGACAUAUAGGGCAUUAUUUCACCUGUAUUUUGAUAUUGUAUCAUACCCGUACUGACUUUGUUAUCAGACUGGACCACUAGGUGGAAGCAUUACAGUAUGAUAAAGAAACAGGUGACGAGAGGUGAGAAGAAACAUCACAGGAUUACUGUCAUUACAUCAAUAGUUGUUUCAAAACAUAUGGAAGCUGCUGGGACGACUGUAAAUGAUUCCAUUUCAAACUGUUCUGGUUAUUAUUGUGUAAUGUAUGUUUUUCUUCACAAUGUCCAGAUAAAAGACUCCUGAGUGGCACAGCGGUCUAAGGCACUGUUUCUCAGUGCUAGAGGUGUCACUACAGACCCUGGUUUGAUUCCAGGCUGUAUCACAACCGGCUGUGAUUGGGGGUAGUAGCUAUCUCUCCAGUAAAUGGGUUGGCGUUAAAACCUACAGGAGGGUAGCUCUCCAGUAACAGGGUUGGAGUUAAAACCUACAGGAGGGUAGCUCUCCAGGAACAGGGUUGGAGUGGAAACCUACAGGAGGGUAGAUAUCCAGGAACAGGGUUGGAGUUAAAACCUACAGGAGGGUAGCUCUCCAGGAACAGGGUUGGAGUUAAAACCUACAGGAGGGUAGAUCUCCAGGAACAGGGUUGGAGUUAAAACCUACAGGAAGGUAGCUCUCCAGGAACAGGGUUGGAGUUAAAACCUACAGGAAGUGUCAGGAUUUGGCCAGGGUUGUUCCGGGUUUUGGUCACUAGAUGCCCCCAUUGUGCUUUUUGACCUCAUGUUUUUUCCCUUGUUCCCCAUUAGUAUUUGCACCUGUGCCUCGUUUCCCCUGAUUGUAUUUAAACCCUUAGUUUCCCUCAGUUCUGUGCUCUGUGUUUGUAUGUUAGUAUCCAGCCCUAUUGUUCUGUGUAUUCUUGUCGUUUCCGGUGGAUGCUCUUGUGGAAUUCUGUUUUGUUUUUGAGUAUCUCUUGAGGCUUUUUUGUGCUAUUCCUACCACCUUUUGGAUUUGCCAUUUUUUGUAUUGAAGGACUUCUCCUUUUUUACUUUAUUAAAUACACCGUCU